AAGAGGAAGAGGACACUGCAACCUACUUGAAUAAUUGAUAGCGCGAGGAGGGGGGAGCGUAUGCGGGAGCAGCUGGACUCCCUGUGUCUCCAUCCGCUCACCAGCCGGGGAUGAGAGAGCCGAGCUCAGGAGAUCUGAUGAAGUGGAGCGCUGCAUCAGUGACAUCCUAGACUCUCCUGUCCAGGACCCCCAGACUGCACUUACCCCUGCUGUUCACAACAAGACUGUGGAUUUGUUUGAAAUGAUUGAAAAAAUGCAGGGGAGUCGUCUGGAUGAGCAAAGAUGUUCUCUCCCAACUCCGCUCAAGAGAGAAGAGGAGUAUAUCCCAUACCCCAGCAUCCAUGAGGUGUUACGGAAAGGGUGGCCAUACCCCCUCAUUAUCCUACCCCAGUUCGGGGGCUAUUGGAUUGAAGGAACCUGCCAUGGCCUCCCCAGCUCGACCUCAGCUCUGCCUGACCUGCCUUCCCCCUGCAGCAGUAAAGUGAAGCUAGAGUGUGACCCCACAGCCAAGCUGUACCGCAAGCACUUCCUGGGGAAGGAGCAUCAGAACUUUUACUCCAAUGACACAACCUUGGGCUACCUGAUCCUUUCCGUGAAGUAUGAGCAGAUUGAGAGGCAGGACAACUUGCACCUGCUGCUGAGGACUCGAACUGGUACCAAACAUGAUCUGAUCCCCAUUUCUUGCCUGAAUGAGUUCCCCAAUGCAGUCCAGAUGGCGAAGCUGCUGUGUGAGGACGUGAAUGUUGACCGAUUCUUCCCUGUCCUCUACCCCAAGGCUUCCCAGCUCAUUGUUGCCUUUGAUGAACACGUCAUAAGCAAUAACUUCAAAUUUGGGGUCAUCUACCAGAAAGCUGGGCAGACCACAGAGGAAGAAGUCUUCAGUAACACUGAAGAGAGUCUGGCCUUCCUGGAGUUCCUGGAUUUCCUUGGAGACAGGAUCCAGCUGCAGGAUUUCCGUGGGUUCCGAGGAGGCUUGGAUGUCACGAGGGGUCAAACUGGCACCGAAUCAGUCUAUACCAAUUUCCGGGGCAAGGAGAUCAUGUUCCAUAUAUCUACGAAGCUGCCGUUCACAGAGGGAGAUGCCCAGCAGCUGCAGCGGAAGCGUCACAUUGGGAACGACAUUGUGGCCAUUGUCUUCCAGGAUGAAAACACUCCCUUUGUCCCUGACAUGAUAGCGUCUAAUUUCCUGCAUGCCUAUGUGGUGGUACAGCUCGCUCAUGGUGCCAUUGGGGAGACCCUCUACAAGGUUUCAGUAACAGCUCGAGAUGACGUCCCCUUCUUUGGACCCCCACUCCCAAAUCCAGCCAUAUUUAAAAAGGGUCAAGAGUUUCGUGAAUUCCUCUUGGCUAAGCUAAUCAAUGCUGAGUACAGCUGCUACCGGGCUGAAAAGUUUGCCAAACUAGAGGAGCGGACUCGCAGUGCCCUUCUAGAGAGCCUUUUUGAGGAGCUGCAGCUCCGUAGCCGCAGCAUGAUGGGCCUGGCCUCUGGGGACGAUGACAAGAUGGAGAAUGGAGGUGGUGGCUUCUUUGAAAAUUUCAAGCGGGUGAUCAGAGGCCGCAGCCAGAGCCUGGAUACCAUGGGGAUAGCCAUGAGGAAACAACAGCAGCCGGCAACCCCGCCCAGCCGCCCGGCUACUGCCGGCCUUGCUCUCAACCAGAGUGUCGCCGAGGGCACCAAGGCUAUUGCUGCGUCCUUUGCCCUGCCUGGGAGGAGCCCAUCACGCACCCGAGGCAGCCACUUCCAUGGGCGUCGUAGCAGUGCCAUUGGCACUGAGAACAUCCAGGAGGAGAAGAGUAGGGAUGUUGCUGACAGAAUCCAGAAGGUGCUGGAGAGUCCAGGACCCUUUUUUGACCUGAAGUCUGAUGGCUCCUCCAGUCCCAGUUCCCCAGAGUUCCCAAACAGGAAGAACAAAACCCUCUCCAAUCAAACCUUGGGAUAUUGUGUGAUGCAGCCACUCUCACGCUCCUCAUCCAACGUGAGCAGCUGCUGUAGUGGAGUGAGGGAAAAUGAAACAUCUGAGGAAGAGGAGAAUGAGACGGAGCUGAUGUGCUCUCUUGAGGGUCCUCAGAAGCGGGAUUCCCUGGUUCAGAGUGUGUGGCUGGAUGACAGUGUGGGCACACCCAGUAGUGCUAGCUCACCAGUAACUCGACUGCUCCCUUCUAGCAACGCUGCAGGCUCCGUGGAGAAGGGGAAAGGCAGCAAGGCAGAUGCUCAGCGUUACAGCCCGGCCUCCAUUUUGUGCUGUGUGUGAUGUCAUCGCUGGAGGGGUGUCACGGUGCAUGCUAGGUAAUGCACAGGAUUUGCUGCUGAAGUGAAGGGCCUGGCUACUCCUCGCCUUAGAGAUUCAGAGGAGAAAAGCUGGAUUCCCAAGACUGCUGGCACUUCUGCUUCCUCCAGUGAUGGUUGUGUCAAAAGCAACCAGAAAACCAACCACGAAACCAAAUGUGGCAUUAAUUCAUCCAAGUAUAUCAUUCCAGCUCAGCCACCUCUGGGGCCAGGAACAAGCUAUUCCACUAGGGGAUUUCCAUCCACCAGUGGAGGAGAGAGAGUGAAAAGGGAACACUUUCAGUUUGGUUUUAUUCCUGGUAUAAAACUUUCCCCGUUGAGUCCAGUGCAGAAGGGUUCAGAUAGUCUGUUCAUGGUCUUCUCUUCUUAGGAAGGCAGCACUUAAGAGUCCAUUCUUGAGGCAGCAGAGAAAUCCAGUUCACGAGUGCUGCCCUAUGAAUUGACAUGGACUAUGUCAUUGACCUCCAAGGUCAUUACUGUAACCCUGUCAUUAAAGAGAGGCCGAGGCCCUGAACCCAUUGAGGGCUAUGCCUGUCCCCUCAGAAUGUGUGUACAUGAAGGUCUCUCCUUCCCCCAUCUUUCAUCACACUGCAAACUUAGUGUAGGAAACACUGUCCCGUUAGGAGUCAUUCUUUUUACAGUACCUGAUAAGUUCCCCAGCCUUGACCUUGAGGAUUUCAUUUUCCCUCUGUAUCUUCUCCCUUUUCUCUCUCUGCCCACCACUCUCUGUACCCUGCGGUAGCAGGAUGUGUAAAUGUGAAUCUCUGACCCUCGCUCCAUGCUUGUGGUGUCUGUGUGGCAUCUUGGGCUUGCAAUAAAAGGAGAUUGUGACCAA